CCUAUGUUUUCCAUACAACACUCAAAACCCUAGAAACACAUCUCUCCCUCGACCCUCAUAGAGACGAAGGUGAUUCCAUAGAUUUUGUACAGGAUUAUAAUCCUACAAACCCUUGAAACACUCUCGUUUGUGAAGCAUGCAAAAUCAAGCAAAUUUAACCCUAACCUCAUCGAGACGUGAUUCAAUGAAUUUUGUAUGUAAUUCUCUGCGUUAAGUUAACCUUAACCUCUCCCAGGUUAAUGCUUGCGAAGAACGCCAAAUUGUAGAAGCUGAAUACAUCAACAACCCUCGCGAUGCUAAUAAUUUGACAAGAUGGGGUGGAGCUUUGUUAAACAUGUAUAACAAUGACGGCCCAGAUCAAGAUUAUACGAUCUACGAUGCUAUUUUGAAGCUGGAGGAAGCUCUUUUUCUGGAACCCUAUCAUCAUGAGGCUUUUUGGUACCUGGGAUAUUCUUGCCGUAACUUGGCAUCUAGCAGUGACCCUGACGAAAUGGAUUAUUAUGCUAAGAAGGCAGCUAUGUGCUAUCAACGAGCUUUUGAAUUGGAUUCUUUGAAUGUAAUUUACCGCAGAAGCUUUGAAUUGUAUUGUAAGGAUCUCCAAGAUUUUGCACCAGAUCAACAAUCAACAAGGAUAACCGAGUCUUCUCCUUCUUCCGUUACAAAGACUCAAAAGGAAAAGGACAUUCUGAAGUAUGACAUGCUUAAUGGCAAGAUUACGAAACCUAAAAAAUCAAAAGCUUCUUUGUCUGAAAAUCAGGAAUUGCUCGACGAACUAAAGAAAAUGCGUGAAAAUCAAGAGAAGACAAAUUUGAUUAUGGAAAAUAUGAUGUCAUUUAUUCAAAAUCGUUUUUCUGGUGAGGAUGUGAAUGCCAUUAUACAAGCUUCCAGACAACUAUCAUAUAUUAUUCUUCUCGUUGUGUUUAUUUUCACUCUUUUGGUGUGUUAGCUUGAUUUGUCAGAAAUAUAUCAAAGCCAUUGCAUGUAAUUCAAUAAUUUAUCAUGGUUGUCUA